AUGGCGCCCAAGACAAUCAUCGUCACCGGCGCAUCGCGAGGCCUCGGUCUCGCAAUAUCCAAGUACCUGCUCACCACCACCCCGCCCAACAACGUGAUCCUUGUGGCCCGCACCGCCGAACCCCUCCAGCAACUCAAAGCCCAAUACCCGGACCAUGUUGACUACGUCGCGGGCGAUCUGACGGACUACUCAACUGGCGAGAAAGCAGUCAAUCUGGCCCUGUCUAGGUUCGGCGGUCGACUCGAUGGCCUGGUCCUGAAUCAUGGUACGUUGGGCCAGGUGUCUGUGGUCGCGAAUGCGGAUUUGGAGCAGUGGAAGAACGGGCUGGAUAUUAAUUUUGUUAGUUUUGUGGGAUUUACAAAACUCGCUCUCCCCGCGCUGCGCGCCUCCAACGGGAAAAUCAUCUUCACGUCCUCCGGCGCCGCGACCUCGGUCACAACCGGAUGGACAUUAUACGGCGCCACGAAGGCUGCGGUCAACUACUUUGCGCUCGCGCUCGCCCAAGAAGAGCCCGAGGUGACGUCGGUGUCUGUGCGGCCGGGCAUGGUUGAUACGGAGAUGCAGCGUGAGAUCCGCGAGGAUCACAAGGACAAUGUGCCCGCAGGCGCGUUUGAUCGGUACGACGAAGCUUACAAGAAUGGGAAGUUGCUGAGGCCUGAGCAGCCGGGGCAUGUUAUGGCUAAGUUGGUGCUGGAUGCGCCACGGGAGUUGAGUGGGAGAUUUAUAACAUGGAACGACAAGGAUCUCGCCGCAUUCCAAGAAUAA